AUGGAGCUUAUAAGACCCUUUCACCAACUAGCUAGCUCGUACUCCGACGACGGCGCUAUGACUCUCGCUUUAGCACAGCAAUUUAUUGACACCACCCCUAGACUCUAUGAUCAUGCGAUAGCUAUCCAGUACUUCCUAGAAUGGUGGAAAUACGGUCGCUUCAGCACUACUGACGAGGCUUGGGAUGGAGUCAAGGCACAACUGUGCCAGAAGCUUGCUAACUACACUUUUACUCAUCCGAUACUGGCUGAACGGUUUGCGCAGUGCAGAUCCGUUUCGGACUGGACUUCUCGGACUAAUAUCGAUAUUAAGAGCAGUGGCUGGGUCACUGAUACCCUGGAAUGUGCCUUGUGGGCGUUUUUUAAGUUUGAUACUUGGGCCGAUGGCGCACUUGCUGUGGUUAAUCUGGGUGAAGAUUCCGACUCGGCUGGUGCUGUAUAUGGAGCCCUGGCAGAUAUUUCCUAUGGGGUAGAAGCGAUUCCUCAACGAUGGGUAGAUUCGAUGAAGAAUGCAGACCUGAUCCAUGAGAUUGCGGAGAAAUUUGCGGAAAAGGUUGCUGCAACUCCUGCUCGUGGUUGA